AUGAAAGAUUUCAACUUGUGUUCUCACCAUUUUUCGGGAUUUACUUCUCUGAGAUCGGUGGCUCUUCCCGAUGCAUCGGAGCAGCUUCUGUCUUCCAAACUUGAAUGUGUCCAGAGAUUUGAGGAGAAAGGAAUCCUUGCAGAACUCAAAUGUAUGGAGUCCCAUCUUGUUACACCUCCUGCAAGGAAGGGCAGUGGAGUGAAGAUGCAAACUCGGACAGACUUGAAGCUCUUCCGAACUGAAACUCAUAGUGUAUCCCAGGAAAAAGUACCCACUAGUGACAUCUAUGAAAGCAGCCUGCUCUAUGAAAAAGAGAAAAUGGCACCACUGUCCAAAGAGGAGGAAAUGAAAGAAGUAGCUAAUGUUCUUCAGAAGCUCUGCAUGAAAUCUUCCAUGGAGACUGAGCCUACAGAUCUCUUCCUGAAUUUGGUGUUUGCACUUCGACAGGUCUCCGCUGAUGUCUUGAUGGAUCUGUGGCAGAGUCCUUCUUCCAAAUGUCAAGAUAACUGGCGGCCUCUCUUGGAUGCUCUUCCCUUUUGUGCAACUGAACCCUGCGUCAUCCUGAUGAAAAAGCUGAUUAUUUUGCAAGAAGUAGAAGAGGACCGCAUUGACCAUUUCCUGAGGUCCCUCACCUUCAUUCCAGAGCCCACUGCAGGCAUGAUCGAUGCUUUAGCUCCUCUGUUGGAGUUACCCAAAGAACGGCAAAUAGCGUUCUUAGCCUUAACGUCUUUGCUGCAUCACUUCUGCUCCACAAGAACCAACUGUGACCAAGUACCAGCGGUAUUGAGAAUUAUGAAAAUUCUGGGAAGACGCCUAGGGAGGAAAUGCUCUGGGUCCAGAUUGAAGGGAACUGCUCAGAUGGAACUGAUCUUAAAUGCGAUUGGAAAUGCAGGGCUGGCUGCAACGUCUUUGACAACACUCCUGAGUUCCUGUGCGGUGCUGAAAAACAACCCUAAUGAAAUCCGGCUGGCAGCCAUUGAAGCUUUCCGGCGCAUCCCUUGUGCAGCCAACCGUGCUGUAUUGGUCCAGCUGUUUCAAACCUAUGAUGAGAAUGUUGAGAUCAGAAUUGCUUCGUAUCUUAUGGCCAUGAAAUGUCCUAGCAAAGAUUUAUUUAAUCACAUUAAAUGGACUUUGCAGGAGGAGCGAUCCAGCCAAGUGGGGUCUUUUGUCUGGAGUCAUCUUUCUGAGCUCUUAAGAACAGAAGACCCACUAAAACAGGAUCUUAGGAACUCUCUUCCUGAAGACAUCCUUCUCAAGGAAUUUGAUUGGGAAACAUGGAAAUUUUCUUCCUACACAGAUGUUACCUUCCACUCAGCGAUGGCCAGUGGAAAUGCUGAGGCUCAGGUCAUCUUCUCACCCGCUUCUUUUAUCCCACGUUCGAUCCUGACCAAUUUCACCCUCCAUCUGCUGGGACGGGCUAUCAACCUCUUAGAGAUUGGAGUCAGAUUGGAGAAUAUGGAAAAUGUUGUCCGGACAUUUUUUGACUUUCAAGACACCAAAGGAAGGCAUGUUAAGCCAGAAUCUCCCAUGGAGAUGGUGAACAAGAUUCCUCAAAAUAAGCCAUCAUCCAAGCAAUUCAAUUUGAAAAGUCACCUACCUAAAGGAAAUAAAACCACACUGAGAACAGAAAGCGAUUGUCCACAUGGACAAUACCAUAAGGUUAAUGAUUUUGUGAAAAAGUUCACCCAAAAAAUGGGGAAAAAGAAGAAGCCCAAAUGCAAAGUUAAUCUCAAAAUCUUUGGAAAUGAGCUGUCGAUUUUCGACUGUGGCGAUUUCAGAAACCAAGCAAAACAUUACUAUUUGAACCUGGCAGAGCUAAUGAUAAAAGUGUUGAAGGGCCAAGAAGUCCAGUGGAAUAAAAGAUUGAGCCUGGCAACAGAAGAAGUGUUGUUUCCAACCAUCGCAGGGUUUCCUGCCUUCCUGGGCUUUAAUGCUUCGAUAUCCGUCAACCUGACUGCCAGAGGAGACACAAACUUCAAGAAACACAACCAUUUUUUCAUCAAUGGCUACCUCAAGCCAAGUGUUAUCCUACAGAUUUCUGCCCAGAUGGGAACUAUAGGAGUUCUUGGGAACACUGGCUUGAAAUGGUCAACCAUCUUGAGAUCCUCGGCCAACCUUGAUGGAGGAAUCCAGGUGAAAAAAGGGAAAGAAUUUAAAUUUUUUUGGAACACUCCCGAAGACACUAUGGAACUUCUACAUUUCAGCUCUAAACUCUACAUUACUGCAAGGGAGAAAAUGAAAACCAUUGACGGUUUUCCAGGCCAAACUGAACUGUGCACCAGUGAGGAAGUAUCGAAAACAUUUGGCUGGCAGCUGUGUUCAGAGGUUUUUCUCCCUGAUGAUAAGACUAGUAGCUUCCUUCUUCCGUUCCCUGGACCUGCGAAAGUCACCGUUAUGCUAAGAAAACAGGACAGAAACCUACAGCAGUAUUUAAUAAAAGCAGCAUAUAAUUAUGUUGCUCAGAAAGGUUCUUGGAUUCCAAAUGAAGCCAGGCUCCAUUUCUUUAUGGGGAGUCCGGAAUCAGAGCUGAAGAGAAAUGUGGCUUUUGACUUCCACUGGAACAUCCCUCAGAGAAAAAUCAGAAUUGAAUACACUGAGCCAAAGGCCAAAAUGUUACUGAAUGGCCAAAUUGAAAUCUCAAAAUACUCUCGUGUUGGGCAUUUGGAACUGAUAGUCAAUGAUAACACCAUUUAUUACAUCAAGGGCAGGACCGAUUUGCAAUCCGUGGCUGGAGAACCGAGCUUUGCAAUCCGUCUGGAAGCCAAAUUGCUAAGACACGGAAGUCCUGUUGUUCUUGCAGGAAAUCUCACGAGACUGGCAGGGCAGAAGGUGGCGUUUUCAGUAUCCUUGAUUAACCUGUUGAAGGAUGCUGCAUCCUUUGCAGUGUGUUUUGAGAAAAAGGCAAAUAAUGAGCUAAGGCACUAUUCCCUGGAAGGAGAAACCCACAUUCCCGGCGUUUUUGGAUCUCGCAUCAUUUUCCUCCUGCAAAAACGAGGACACGUCUGGUCCGACAUCCUGAGAAUUAAAUAUGGAUUGUUUGGAGAUGCCAAGAAGCUCCAGCAUGAAUGCAACAUGACUCAGAAGUUAAAGCUGGAGAACAGCUGGCCAGAUGUUUACAGACUGGAUUUGGAGCACAAAUUUCACUGUACUCGGAGUCUAACUUACAAUCACAAGGUCCAUUUGCAGCAUGAAGACACUGCAACUCAGCUGCACUCCCGCUUGGAGGCUAACUACGGGAAACACUGGGAUGAAGCCAACAAUAUGAGGAAGCUGAUCAUCAGCCAGAUGUUCAAAAAUCAUUCGCAGGCCACUCUGAGGAGCUACUUCAUGGAGUUCAUGAUCCAAGUGCCUGAAAAGAAUCUGGAUUACAGGACUCGGCUGCAGCAUUCCAGAUCUUUCCACCCUUCUCUAGAAAGCAACACCAGUUUCAAGGUGCAUUAUAACAACCGCAUCCUUUUUAUAGCUGACCUGCAGUGGAAAAAUGUUUCUGGCCGUUUGCUGAAGAAAUGGGAAGGUACAUUCAACAUGGACACACCUUGGCUGUAUCUGUAUGUCACUCACAAAUUCCACCAGUUCCAGCAGUCGGCUUUCUUCACCACUGUUGAAUUGACCGUCGGUAAAGCUUUUGUUGUCAAGGGCUUAAUCCUGGAGCUCUAUUGUAAAGACCACGACAUUGAGAAGGAAGGCAGAAUUGAGCUCCGCACAUCGACAACUACCUAUCUGAGAGCAUCCACAAUCAAUCGUUUUACGGAAGGUUUCCUGCACAGCCAGAAUGAAAUAAUGUCAUCGUGGAGCCAACUAAUAAAGCACGAAGUCCUCCUGGAAAACAAUCAACACACCAAAUUUCUUCAUUUUAGACUGACAUCUGCAAAGAAGGAAUUUAAUCUGACGGCAUCUUAUUGCCACUUGGAAGCGCCUAGAAAAUCAAACAUUUCUACGUCUGUUGUGUGGAUAGACCACAAGAACCCACCUCUUGUCCUACAGUUCGAGGCACAGCUAGAAGAAGUGAAGAAAGAAAAAAUGUUUUAUCAGAAACGUGGAACUCUUCUCUUGAGGCAUCCGCUAAGUCUCCCCAUUCCACGAAGUCUCCUUCUCCAGGAAACGUUCACGGUGAACAAGAAGGAGAAGCACUACGCUUUGGAAACCAGACUGGUGAUUGACGAGCAGGAAGACUCCAUUCUAGCACUUACCUUGGGCUAUCCCACUAAAAAUCCACACGUAUGUGCAAGAUUGACUCAUCCAUAUAACAGUGGCAUUUUCCUUCAAAAUACAGAAAUGUGCAUCAUGGUGAGGAAUCUCACUCAGGCUAAUCAAGAGCUUGAAGUGAAACUGAAAGUCAGUCAAGAAGAAGUACUAAGCAUCCUGGGAAAAUACCACAAUAAAUCUAGCAUGGGCCAAUCCCACCAUCUGAUACAGCUGGAUUUCACCCCUUCAUUCCAGUUCAACAUUUGGCUUAAUGGACCAGACUCUGGAUUUGAACUCUAUCCUCAAUUUCUUCAACAGAAUUGGUCACAUUUUCCACAAACUAUUCAGGCCCAGGCCAGUCUAAACUAUCAUGGCCAAAAUGGCGUCAAUGGAUCUUUUGACCUCCACACCAGUACACGGAAUCUAAUGUUCCUGGAGGCCAAUUUUGACAAUGAGUUGAAAAGAAACACCCGAGCCUUUCGUGUGAGCGCUGCCCUAAAGCAAGACAUUCUAGAUCAGUUUAAAUAUGUGGAGCUGCAGUUCCUGAGUAAGGAGACGCCAUCAAGGUUGUUGUUGACAUCAUCAGUAAAAUUGAACCAGCAUUCCUUCCAGGUGGGCAUUUCAGGAUCCAAGGAACAGAAAGCCGGUGUGGUGACCCUCCGUGUCCACGUGCAACACAACCUUGAAACCUUGAAACCUCAGGAUCUUUCCCUGAAUAUUUCUCUGAAGCACCGAAUCAAUUUUAAGGAAGGCCUUGUGACCGUUGCAGUAAAUGGAUCUGUUUUUUCCAUUCAUGUCCGAAGUGAAUGUCUAUGUGGGAAUGAAAGCUUCCAUAGCGUGAUGGUGGCCGUGGCCCAGGAUGGCCGCGAAAUCUUCUUAGCUCAGGGAAAACUGAAAGGCUCCCUGGAACUAAAACGAAUAAUCCAAAGAGAUGAAGCCCAGGCCCUGAAGAACACAAGAAGUCCUUGUGUUGACCUUGCAAACAUUUUCCUUCACAGCAAGGUUGGAUUCACAGGCGCUCUCACACACAACCUCAGCAACUUCUAUGCAAUAGGACUUCCCACAGAAAGUAGCCUCAAGACCAUAUAUGGUCACAAUGAUACUUACCAGGGAGUAACUGUGAAUCUUCAAGGGGGCAACCAGAAGAUUAGUGUCCUAUUUGGAGUUGAGAAGUUGCAUCCAGAAGCCCUUCAAACCCAGUUGGCAAAUCAUUCUUUAGCGGUACAAGAUUUAUUUCUCCAAGUUUGGACAACGACCGUAUGAAUGGAGGGUUACUUACUGACCAUGAAAAUAGUCUCACUUAGGCUCAGAGAUAGAUAAUAGACUAACUGGCUCCCACAUGCAAUUUUUGUAUUUGUUUAGACUGGAAAAAAACGAAGGUGACAUUUUGAUCCCUUUCUCUUGUAGGCAUCACUAGGAACAUUGCUCUGUGGACCAGAUGUGGCUAACAACUCUGGACCUGGUGUAAUAAGGGAAAUCUUUUCGAAUAGCAGUUUUGCUCCACCGGGUAUCCGCACAGCGUGCAACUUGGAGUACGUUCUGGAAACCAGCUUCAGUCACGCUUGGCCUUAUCUUACAUCUCUGGGCCUCGCCCAAGAGAAUAGGGUGAAAAUGGCCAUCACGAGAGGUGAUCCACACAGAGUCUUUCUAGAAAUCUCCCUGGGAAAUGGCAAGUGGACGGGCCACGGGGAACUGAGUGAUGAGGCUGGAGGGACAACUGCAGACUGGAGGGUGACUUUUCUGAACAAACCUGGCGCUUUGGAGAACCCAGCAUUACCCCAGAAUUUUGUUUCUGGAGGAUCGUUUUUCAGCAAGACUCACCAAGCAAAUUUAACAAUGUUCCUCCAAUGGAAUGGCACAGCAGCUGAUAUGAAAUUGGAAAAAGACAAGUAUGUUGUGCGAGGGAUUCUGGACCACUCCCUGCCCUAUCUCCAAGAUCUGGGACUGCCUCGCAAAAACGUGAUUCUCCUCAUCAUGACGGGUAAUGCUGGUGUGGAAGGACUUCUGGUGCUCCAUGUGGACAGUUGCAAGCUGGAGAUACAAGGAGAAAUCCAACCCAAAGCCAACAUGGAAUGGACCCUGGAGAUGGAGGUGGCCUGUAAAGCUUUGCAGGAUCGAGGCUUCCCAAACCACGCACAAUUAAAUGGAUCCCUUCUGAAGGAUGGUGAUCAGCUAGAAUUCUUUAAUAGCCUCCAGGUGGAAGAUCAAGAGGCCUCCUUCGCAGUAAGCGCUAAGUGCCAGCCAAAGUUUAUUUUAGAAAUGGAGUUGAGGCAUGGGUUUUCAUUCUUCAACAGGAUCCCCCAAGAAAAUAAGCUGAUUGUCCAUUGUGGGAAACGACCCGAGCGUGCUAUAAACUUGGAAGUGAAAUCUGGCCUUUGCCAACUUCGAGCCAACUUGGAGAUGGAAGCAGGAAACCGAUGCCAGUGGCAAGCAGCGAUGGAGAACUCUUGCAAAAUGAUACAGGAUCUUGGAAUUCCAACAAAAAUGAAUGGAUCGGGGCAUGUGUUAAAAGAUAAGAUCAACCUUGAUUCUCAAGUGGUGCUUGCUGUUGGUGAAAACACGGUCUCGGCAUUCCUCCUUUUAAAAAGCACCGCUACCAGGCGAGAAUUUCAUGCGCUCCUGGAACAACACAUCAAAGGGGCCAUUAAGUCUGACAUUCCUGCAAGGGCAGAAGUGGAUUUAAUUUCAGAAAAGAGUCGUACCCUUUGUGAAAGGCUGCUUCAGUUCAAGGUGGAUGGCCAGCAGGUUUUGGCGUCGUCUUCUCUCAAGCGUAGGAGAACCGGCGUGGCUUAUUCUGCCACUGUCGCACAGCCUUUUAACUUUGCGAUGAAACAUGUGGAGUUCAGCUCCCUGACCCAAAGCCGCAAAGGAGCACACGCACAACAGAUGCAGCUUGCUUGGAACCAUGGCCAGCCAGCCUGGAUGAACUUCACUUUUGGAGACAAGUCUAGAGUGAGGAACACAUGUUGGGAUGCUUGUAUCACAGCUUCUUCUGGACAGCUUAAAAACAUCCUAACAAUUGCAAGUCUUCGGGCCUGUGGCUCCCUUAAGCAGACAGCAGCUCUGUUGAAUCAGCACCUAGAUCUGACAUGGGACGACAAGACCGUUGUACAACAUCUGACAUAUGAGAAAAGCCGAGUGUUGCAUCGGGACAAAAUACUGGUAGAAGCUACUUUAAAGAAUCUCUUGGCCUCCUGUUCCCAUCAGCGUAUUCUGGGAGAAGUCGAAACAGAUUAUGCAGCUUGGCUGAAUUACAGCAUGAGACUCGGGAUGUGCGACCUUCCAAAUGCAAUUGGUCUCUCUGGCAAACUCCAGCUAAACCAGGGGGACACCGUCUUACGAUCUGAAGGGAAAAUCGGCCUUGGAAAUAACGAAGGGACGAUUACGGUGGCUUUACGGAACAACAGCAAGCUGGAAAUGAGGAACUAUUCGGCGGAAUUUUCACUGAAAGGACCCGAGGCUACUUGGAUGGAUGUGAAGGCCUGUGUGACCUCUUCGGCUGAUCAAAGCCAAGUCCUUGUCGAGGGGAAGAUGGAUCAUCCAAACGAGAAAGUGAAAAUAAAAGCCAUCAGAGGAAAAGAGUGUCUUCGGUAUUACAUGGGAUACUUGAAAGGAAAUUCCAAGGACGCACUAGAAUUUUCAGCUUGUAUGAGUGGUCAAAAGCAUACUGCACUCAAUGCCCGCCUGGUUGUAAACAGACGUGAGGAAAUGGGACAUCUCACCAUGCAAGCGUCUAACCAAAGUCUGAAUCUGAAGGCCCAUGGCUGUUGGGAUCUUGUCAUGAAGACUGAGUCAAAACUGGGUGAGAUUACGUCUGAUCUCCAGCGCAGACUGGUGGAAAAAAUAAAAAAAUUGGAGGAACACAUUCAGGAUUUCAGAAAAUCGAUCCGGCACAUUGGAUUUCUGUAUGAUGCUGUCGGCUGGUCUUUGGAAGUCUCCCAAGAAAUGCUACGACUCCUCCACCGUGGGACGAGCAACGCUGCUCGGAUGUGGGAGCAAAGUGGACUUAAGCGACUCCUACGGGAUCGCCUCCCCGUGUACCUGAGGAGCCUUCAAAGCAUCCUGCAACAAAUCCAGCUGGAGCUGCAAAAGCCACUAACCACCCUAAAAGAUGCCUACUAUGAUGUGACUCUGAAACCUUUGGAUGAAGUUUGGCAGCAGAAGACCGAUGCGUAUCUAAAGAAACUUCAGGCACUGGUGCCGACGGUUGUGAAAGACGUGUGGCUGAUGGAACCUAUCCAGGUUGCAUUGAGAGCUCUCAAAACUGGCUUUGAUAUGGCAACCCAACAGAUACUAAACUGGGCAGAAGCCAAAUUAUCCCGAAUAUUCAGCAGGCUCCAAAAAUCUAUAUCGAAUCUGUACAGAUUCUCACCCAGGAACUGUUCUGUGGCAUUGAGUUUGCCUGUUGUGCCCAAAGGAGGAGCCACAUUAGAUAUGAUCCAACUUACAGACCACAUCAUUGAAGAGAAAGUUGUGAAGCCCCUUCGGGGCCUCUAUCACAUCAAUCUGGCUGCAGAAUACUACAGAUUCAAGCGAGCCAUCAUGGAGAGCCCUUUUGAACAUCAAGCCUUGUUGAUGGGUACCAAGCACCUAUGGACAUUCGAUGGGAAAGUGUACAGCUUGACCUCCAACUGCAGUUUGCUGCUGGCCAAAGAUUUUUCCCAGGAUGCCUUUACUGUCAUCCUAAACCAGAGCAGUGGUGCAGACAGGUCUCUAUACGUCAACAUGAAGAAAAGAGUUGCCAUCAUUUACCCCGCACUGAAGAUCUACAAGCAAUACAACACUUCGCUGUUGAAGGACUGCGGUAGUUUUGACGUCCCCCUCCAAGAAAAUGGCACCACAGUCCAGGUGGAUACAAACCAGGUUGAAAUGACUGCAGCCGACGGAGCCUUGGUUUUUUGCGACCUUCGUUACGAUUUCUGUACUUUUACCUUGGAUGGAUGGCAUCAUGGUGUGUCCGCUGGUCUUUUUGGUACCAACGAUAAUGAAGCUGGAAAUGAAUGGAUGCUUCCUGACCAUUCCCUGGCUAAGAGCUUGCCAGAAUUCAUACAAGCAUGGCAGGUGAACGGCCAUUGCAGUGAAGUCAAGAGAGAUGGCAAAUCUUGCGUCAAUGAGCAGAGCGCUACAAUCUGCCAGAUCUUUUUCCAGGAUCCCGCCUCACCUUUUAGGAACUGUUUUGGAGUUGUGAAUCCUGAACCCUUCUACCACUGGUGCAAAACUGACUUGUGUGAACAACAGAGCAUCAAAGCAGCCUGUAACUUAGCUGCAGCUUUCAGGCAUCUGUGCAAUCGGAAUUUCAUCCCAACAGAGAUGCCCCUUCAGUGUGAGACGGCAAAGUGAGGCUGAGAAGAAGCUGGUUGCUUGAAGCUAUGCUUGCUAUAGAGGGAGGAUCUUCCUACUUAAAUCCCCCACCAGCCCAAGCUCAACUCUAACAAGAUCAUAAGCUUCAUCUUACAAAAUUGUCCCGUGUUGGCUUAAUGAAAAGACUGGAGGAGUUGUUAAGAUUAGCUUUGACUGUUGCAGUAGCCACCAACUGUUGGACCAUCUGGAAGAAGUCUUCAAAAUGGCUUCUCCUUGUGUUUGCUAUGUUAAAGAAGAUACCACUCGAAAAGUAUCUGGCACUCAGCAAAGAGUUGCAGAAUGUUAAAAUUAGAUCUCCUUGUAGACAUCAGUUUAGAAUAAUUUUGGAGAAGAUUUGUACUGGAUUUUUUUUUUCCCCUGCUGCUCCUAAUAACCAAAUAAGAUUUCAGUUAUGUUC